UAAUAAAAUAAAACUGUAAACAUGCUGAAAGCUAAUGUUAGCAUUAUAGCCUAGAUAUUAGCAUCAUUAGUGUGGUGUAAAGUUCAGGGAGUAGCGUGUCUGUAGCAUGUGCUAUAACUGAAGAAGCUCUGGAUUAAGUCCUGUGUUAGUGUUUCCUGAUGAGGAGAGGAGAGGAGAGGAGAGGAGGUGUUAAAGGAGAGAGAUUCAAAUAAACUUCUCAUGGAACAUUUAGAUUGGAUUAAUGUGAAUAUUGUUUACAUUUUACACACUCAGUGUAGAGGAACCAACAUGACUGACAGCAUUGUGUGUGUGUGUGUGUGUGUGUGUGUGUGUGUGUUGUCCUCUUCCUCAGACUCGGGGAGUGAAGUGUGUACUGCUCUCACUAGAACAGCUCCAGCUGUGUGACGCCAUUUUGUUAAAAUUAUUAAGGUUAAUAAUAUUUUGUUAUUAAUUAUUAAGGUUAAAAUCACUGUGUGUGUGUGUGUGUGUGUGUGUGUGUGUGUGUGUGUGUGUGGAGUGAUGCAGUAAGCUACAGCGUGUGUUAAAUUACUAGAGAAGAGAUGAAUUUAUGGUUUUGUAGCAGAAAUGUUCUCAUGUUUUUACAAAGAUGAAGGAAAAUGAAUAAGGAUGAACAUUUUUACUCUUUAAUAAAAAGUUUAAAGCUGAGUUUUAUUUACAGCUUACACAUUAUCAUAACACAUCACAGUCCCCGCCCCAGUGUGGGUGUGGCCAAGUACAUCACAGUCCCUGCCCCAAAGUGGGUGUGACCAAUUAUAUCACAGUCCUUGCCCCAAUUUGGGUGUGAUCAAUUACAUCACAGUCCCCGCCCCAAUAUGGGUGUGGUCAAUAACAUCUUAGUCCCCGCCCCAAUACGGGUGUGACCAAUUACAUCACAGUCCCUGCCCCAAUGCGGGUGUGGCCAAUUACAUCACAGUCCACGCCCCAAUGUGGGUGUGACCAGUCACAGUCAAUGUCAGUGAAAGGGCCCGUGUUUGAGGAAACCGGAGAACCCUGAGGAACCUCACAUGGGCUGUAUCCCUAAACUCAGUAGCACAUGAAGGCAGCUUCAUUUUAUACAUUUCAUUCGGCUUUACCAGGUGAAUGGCCAAUAGCUGAGCGCUCCGGUGGGCAGUGGGCGGGGCGUGUCUCGAGUUUAAAAACAAACCCACCGCGUGCCUGUAGCUCGCUCGGAGGAAGCGCAAGCCGAUGGUUAAGUGCGUCACGCGCACCGCUGCCUGGGCGCGCGCGCCGCGUCCUGCGGUCUCCCAGGCACCUGACAUCCCGUCUCGAGCAUCAGGAUGAUUAACCUGCAUUACUGCGUGCACGCUGCUGCGCGCGAGACUCAGCUCGAGGAUCAGUGAAAGUUCCUGACCCCGCGUAUUAUUUGUUUCCGUUACUUCUCUUAACCGGAGGCAUGCGGUUGUGCGCCCCUCGCGCGCUCCUCUCUCUCGCAUGCCUGGCAGCCUGCAUCCUGGGACAGCGCGCGCUCGGCGUCUCCAACGGCUCGUCGCUGCACGAGCUGCUCGCGCUCGCUGAGGCCGCCUCGAACGGCACGAGCCUGUACGCGCUGGACGAGGGCGCGCUCGCGGACUGGCGGUCACUGGCGGGGCGGAAGCGCGAGGGCGCGGAGAGGGAGCACGCGGCGGUCCGGCCGCUGCUCAUCUUCAGUUACUCGGUGAUCAUCGUCGUGUCGCUGUUCGGUAACGUGCUCGUGUGCCACGUGGUGAUGAAAAACAAGCGCUCGCGCUCCGCUACCAGCCUCUUCAUCGCCAACCUGGCCGUGGCGGACAUCUUCAUCACCCUGCUGAACACACCGUUCACCCUGGUGCGCUUUGUGAACAGUACGUGGGUUUUUGGCAGAGGGAUGUGUCACAUCAGCCGUUUUGUGCAGUAUUGCUCUCUGCAUGUGUCAACACUCACACUCACGGCCAUCGCACUGGACAGACGGCAGGUGAUCCUGUAUCCUCUGAAGCCGAGGAUGUGCACCGGUCAGGGUGCUGUGUGUGUCGUCUUCAUUUGGCUCAUGGCCAGUUGUUUCUCGCUGCCACACGCCAUCUUCCAGAAACUCUUCACCUUUGUCUACAGUAAGGACAUUGUUCGCUCUCUGUGUGUGCCGGACUUUCCUGACCCGUCUGAACUCUACCAUCAGUACCUGGACUUGGCGACCUUCAUCCUCCUGUACGUCUUGCCGCUCCUCAUCAUCACGGCUGCAUACUCAGCGGUGGCGCGUCGUCUCUGGCGCCGUAACGCCAUCGGCGAUGUCACCAGUGAGCAGUACUUCCUCCAGCGGAGGAAGAGGAAACGGACCAUCAAGAUGCUGGUGCUGGUGGUUCUGGUGUUCGCCGUGUGCUGGUUCCCGUUAAACUGCUACGUGGUUCUGCUGUCCAGUCACGCCAUCCACUCCAACAAUGCCGUCUACUUCAGCUUCCACUGGCUGGCCAUGAGCUCCACCUGCUACAACCCCUUCAUCUACUGCUGGCUGAACCAGAGCUUCAGGGCCGAGCUCACGUACCUACUGAGCAUGUGCAGGAAAGGGCGGGGCAGGGGGCGGGGCAGCAGCGGGCAAGGGGAAGAGCAGGAAGAGAGGCCUCCGCCACUUAACAGCUGUCAGAGAGCGGCCUGGCCGGAAAGCCACGCCUCCUCACAGCCGUCCGAUCACAAAGAGAGCCACGCCCUCAGGACCACCUCUCUCGGCCAAUCAGCGAAGACCGACAUCCUGUCAGUGGAGCCGAUUGUCACCGUGGGCUGAUUACUUCUAUUUAUUUAUUUAUUUAUGUUUACAGAAAAUAGAUGCAGUUGACCUUCAUGAAACACGCACAAUUUCUGAAAAUUAAAGAAUUAUAUUUACAAAGAAAGCUUACAACAGUGUUUACAAACUAAAGAGUUAUAAAUGUUUUAUAACCUACACACUUUUAUUAAUAUAGAAUAUUAAAGCAGGACAUCAUACCCAACUCAUGAGCACUUUAACACAGGAUCAUUACAGGAUUUAUUAUAUAAAGAUGGAAGGAUGUUUAUAGUGACGUUAAAGAAAAUAAUUUUUUAUUGAUUUAUGGCCAUUUUAAAAUGAGUGGUCAGUAAAGCAGCUUUACAGACGCCAAAGUCCAGACCGGGUAAUGAGAAGGCUUUGAUGUGGAUGGAUAAUGUGAUAAAGAGCGAUUGAUGCAGUGACCCCUCGUCCCACGGGACUCAUCUCUGUACUUUUAUCUGUAAUUGUUUCCUGCCCGUGACUCCGCCCCUCUGAUUUGAUGGACAGCCUGUCUUUGCAUCUUUACAUGCAUGAUGUUUGAUUCUCGUCAUGUGAUCGAUGAUGUCACUUCAGAAAGUCUUUAUAUCGAGUCCAUAUCACCCAUAAAGUGUGUUUUUUAAACAGUUCUGGAUGAAUUUGUCGUCUUUUUUUUUUUUUUUUGCAAAGGCACCUGAUGGUCAGGUGUUCAGAACACUGAGGCAUCAUCUCAUUAAUAAACAGCACUGUUCUGAGUUCUGAUUGGUGGAUCAGGUGUUGAUUAAUUCUCUGACUGUAGUGCAGCUUUAUAUUAAUGUACUCACUCUGAUACCUUAUCGUU